AUGCACUCCUCAAUUUUUGAGAUAAAGGAACAUACCCUUGAAUGUCAACAUAUUCGAGAAUAUCCUCGUGCCACCGCGAAUACCCAAGAAGAUGUAUUGCAUCUAGCCAUCAAACAAUACAUACCUCGAGAUAAUCCCCAUCCAGAACCAGGAGAUGUAACUAUAAUUGGUGCUCACGCAAAUGGAUAUCCGAAAGAAUUGUAUGAGCCAUUAUGGGAAGAUAUUCAUUCACGCGCAAAAACCAAUGGCUUCAGGAUACGAAGUAUCUGGAUUGCUGAUUUGGCUCAAGAAGGCGCCAGUAGUGUCUUGAAUGAACAAUUAUUGGGAAAUGAUCCAUCCUGGAUAGACCACGCCCGUGAUCUUCUCCACAUGGUCAAUACCUAUCGCGCCCAAAUGCCCCUCCCCAUAAUCGGAAUCGGUCACUCCUUCGGCGCAAACAUGCUCACCAACCUCUCCCUCAUGCACCCCCGCCUCCUCACCACCCUCAUAAUGCUAGACCCCAUAAUCCACGAAUAUGCCUCCAACCCCCACGGUCACCCAGACCCAAACCAACUCUCCACCUUCCGUCGCGACCUCUGGCCGUCCCGCACCGCCGCCGAAUCCUCCUUCCGAAAAUCAAAAGCAUACUCCAAAUGGGAUCCCCGCGUCCUCGACCGCUGGUGCCAGCACGCCAUCCGCGAAACCCCCACUGCCAUCUACCCCCACGAACCAGCAGGCAGCACCACCCUCAACACAACCAAACACCAAGAAUGUUUCUCCUUCAUGCGUCCAACCUGGGAAGCCUUUUCCACCGAUAAUGAUAACAAAACCAUCAUCCGCCCCGAUCUCAUCCCAGAUCUCUACCCCACCAGCCCCAUCCAACACCCAUUCUACCGCCCCGAACCAAUCAACACUCUACUCCGACUCCCCCAGCUCCGCCCCUCAGUCCUCUACAUCUACGGCUCCAUAAGCAUCGUCUCCAGCCCCCCUUCCCGCUCCCAAAAACUCUCUCUAACAGGUUCCGGACACGGUGGUAGCGGUGGCGUCCAAGAGGGAAAAGUCAAAGAAGUCGUGUUGCAUGGAAUAGGCCACCUAGUAGCACAAGAAGCGACGACACAAUGCGCAGAUGCUUUGACGCCUUGGAUAGGUCAGGAAAUAAAGAGCUGGAGGAUACAGCAAGAGGAGUAUAUGGAAUGGACGCAAAAGAGCUUGGUAGAGAAACAGACGUUGUCCGAGGAGUGGAAGAGGAGGGUUGGAGGACCGCUGAAGAAGACUGCGGUUAAGAAUGAGGGGGAGGGGAGUAAAUUGUGA